ACAUAUCCGAGUCCCAGUCGCUCCGCCGCGCCGUGACACCUGGCCGGUAUGGAGGGAGAGCUGCAGCCCGCAGAUGAAGGGCCCUGCGCCCCGAAAAUGUACCGACCCCAGCGCGGUCCGUGCAGCACCCUGAAGCCCUUCCAGAGCCGGCGCUCGGCGGAGAAGUCGCGCUUUGACCGGUCCGCUGUGGCCGAGGUGCCUCUCUUUGGAGACGGACAUCCUUUCACGUUUCAUCCCGAUCAUCUUUACCCUUUCCAGCAGCAGCAGCAGCUCCACCAACCCAGCGUCGCUAUCAGCAGCAGCCAGCAGCAUCAGCACCGUCUUCCGUGUGAGAAUAGGCCCAGCAGCAGGGUGCCGACGUCCACCUCAGCUGCAGCUCUCGGCUCGCAGCAGCGGCGCGCCAGCGACGGCGGAUCCGAGCCCAGAUUCUCUCCGGACUGCACCUACGGGAUCAGCGCAGAGAACCGUCUUAUCCUUGACGCCUUUGCCCAGCAGUGCAGCAGAGUCCUCAACCUUCUCAACAACGGUCGCCUCCUGGAGCCACCUUCCUCCUCCCUCAACUCUAACGUCAAGCUGGAAGAUGGGCGAAGGAAAGCUCAGGAGCUUCACAACUUCUCACACGGAAAACUUAAAUCUGAGGAGAGCUCUUCCAUGACAGACCAUGAAGAGGAGGUCCAACAAAGCCAUCUAAACCAACAACAGACCUCUGCAGUUCUCCGUAUCUUCACAGACUCCCUGCAGAAUUAUCUUCUCUCAGGGCCUCAGCAACAUCUGGCUGGAGGCCUCGAAAUUGACCGGUGUCCAGCAGCCGAGCCCGGUUCAGGGGGUUCUCCUGUCAGACACAAUCUGGGAGGCUGGGGCUCCCCAGCUCCCUCAGAGUCAUACGGCCACCCGUCAUCCACACUGCCCGAGGAAGAGGAGGAGGAGGAGGAGAGCUGCUGUCCACGCUGCCUGGAGCUCGAGCAGGAGGUGCUGUCUCUGCAGCAGGAGAAUGAGGAGCUCCGCAACAAACUGGACAACAUUCCAGUUCCCUGCCAAAAUGUUCUUGACUACUUCAAGACUGUGCUUGAGUUUCACAACCAGCUGGUCCAACCGAUGCCAGAGGAGCAACUCACAGAGGAGGAAGAACGGCAAACAGUCUUUGAGGGGAGUAAACAGCUGCUGGAGAACUAUCCGCUCUUCAUCACUAACAAGCAGUGGGAUGAAGCUGUUAAUUCCUCGAAGAAAGAUGGACGGCGACUGCUGCGCUACCUGAUCCGCUACGUCUUCACCACAGACGAGCUCAAGUUCUCCUGUGGUUUAGGCAAAAGGAAGCGUUCAGUCCACUCAGGAGAGCCGGGCCUGGAGCGGCGACCCCUGAAUCCCGUCAAAGUCAGCUGCCUCAGAGAGUUUAUCCGGAUGCACUGUGCCUCAAACCCAGACUGGUGGAUGCCUUCAGAGGAGCAGAUCAACAAAGUGUUCAGCGACGCCGUGGGCCACGCCCGUCAGGGCCGGGCGGUCGGCACCUUCCUGAGCAGCAGCGGCAGCAGCACCAGCAGCCUCUACAUGGAUGGCUUUGAUGGACACCUAUCACAGGAUGAGCUGUUUCUGAAAGGCUGCCAGAACGGUCAGUUAGACUGAAGCUAACAGACAAACUAAAGACCAGAAGCCCGAAAUGUAGCUGAACAUCAACAUAUCCAGAAACACAGACCUUAUCCUGUCAGUGAGAAACACACCCCAGAAAAAUAAUAUAACUGCUGUCCACCCUUCAGAUUGUUUUAUAACUUUUUGCUGCCACUUUUACAUUUUCUUUUAGUCGCAAUUUGGCUCUUGAUGGUUUUACAUUAAUAGCUUUAGUCUUCCAUAAGCUGCUUUUUCUGUAGCUUAAUUUUGAGUUGUUAGAGGAAUAUUUUGAUUACUUUGUAAUAAAAUCAGAAGUUAUAACUGUUAAUUUCACAAAGCUCCUCUUGGAUGGGUAUUUAAAGGUGCAAUAUGUGAGAAUGAAGAAAGAAUGACAUCCUGUGGUCAAAUGUGAUUACUGCAGUCCAUUUAUAUAAAAAAAAAAAUUGACUUUCUCUCAUUACAUGAGUUUCAUGGCUGUUGACAGUUACAGAUAAGAUCCAGAAGAUUCUAGAUGACAAGCGAAGAGUCAUACACAAUAAAUUGAUAAGUAGAAAAAUAUAUUGUCAUAUCAGGUGUUAGCACUCCUGGGUGUUUUACGAUAAGGAGAAUUUACUACACUUUUUACGGUAAUAUGCCUCCAGUAUUAGAGGAAGUGUGGUUGUUUGCCGUCUUGCUGUUAGCUUGCUGUUUUAUUUCUGAUUGACUCAUUAAAGGAAGCAAAAUGCCACAAUUAACUCACUAUUCACCUCACACAUAUAUUUUACUGCAAUAUUGAGUUGUUGGAAACUGAAAAAAUGGAUUAAGAUCUUUUUAAAGUAAAGAAAUGUAAAAGUAGCUUGAGGUAUUUUUAGAGCAGACAAUUUGCUUUUAAUUCACUGUUAGCAUUGUUAGCUGAACUUUAGCUUCCAGCCUCCUUCACCAAAUAUUAGAUUAAAAGAAAAGGAUGCUGCAGCUUCUUAGAGGUACAAGAGAUAACUUCUGGAUUGCUCCUGUUUAUUGGCUUAUGUUCUGAUUUUACCUGCGGGAGUCAAAAUACAAAUACGGGCGCUGGCAACCUCACAGGCUCACAGAUGUGAACAGUAACUACAUCCCUGUAAUACGGUGGCCUUGAAGUGCAAACCACAAAAACAAAUCACUUAACGCAACAACAAAUUGAAACACGCAACAACAAAUCACUUAAUGCAAAAACAAAUCACAAAACGCACAACAAAUUGAAAAGCGCAAAAACAAAUUCACUAAAUGCAACAAAAAAUCACUAAGCGCAAAAACAAAUCACUAAACGCACAACAAAUUGAAAAGCGCAACAACAAAUCCACUUAACACAAAAACAAAUCACAAAACGCACAACAAAUUGAAAAGCGCAACAACAAAUUCACUAAACAGAAAAACAAAUCACAAAACGCGCAACAAAUUGAAAAGCACAAAAACAAAUUCACUAAACACAAAAACAAAUCACAAAACGCGCAACAAAAUGAAAAGCACAACAACAAAUUCACUAAACACAAAAACAAAUCACAAAACGCAAAAACAAAUUGAAAAGUGCAAAAACAAAAAACAAACCGGAAGAGGUAGGUACCAAUGCUGCAACAACAAGCAUCACUGAUUGGAUGAUGGAUCCGUUGGCCUUUUGAACCGGAAGUUGUUCUGCCGAACGUGGUUUUGUGAAAGAGCAGUCAGCGGGUGUGUCCAAAUCCACAGGCAGGAUGCUUACGAGUACGGGUCCUCGCCGGUCUAGCAAGGCCGGGUCCUUGCCAGACCGCUAAGACCAGAACCCAGCGGCACUGAAUUUGGACAGUCUAGCCUUCACCUCUACGGUGACCCGUAGGUCCCGUCACAGCCACGGCGGCAGCUACACGCAAAGGAAAAAUGCUAACGCUAGCGAAAAUCGAGCAGGAAUAUUAAGGAGCUACAGCAGCUUCACGUCCAUCAGCAGCGUUUUUUCACAAACGUUUUAAGGUAAAGCAACUUUGUUUAUUCUAGAAGCUUUCAGGACUUACAUGUUAACUUUAGAUGGUUUCAUGUAUGUUUUAAGCUACAGAAUGAACUUGUUAAACGUACACAACACAUUUCUACAGAGUAUUAUCAUGUAGGCAAUUAAUAUAAACCAAAUGCAUUAUACAUGUUGAAUGCAGUAGGAUGUUUUCUAAUGUAAAUUGGACCUUAAAACUUAUUUUGCAUUAAAUGGGGUAAAACAUUUUAAAAAACAGGCUUUUUAAUAAAAUAGCAUAGAACUGUUUUCAAUGUGCAUUUGUUUAUUCAACUUAAGCCUAAUAAUGAUUAGAUCUGUCUUAAAAAUGUAAAUUCUCUGUAGUUUUCCCUGCUGCUUUUCUUUAAACUGAACAGAACCACUGUACUGCAGGUUAUAUGUUUUGUUUUACAUUUUUCAAUAAAAAAACUCUUUUUUUAAUCUAUUACAGGUCAGCAUGCACUGUGCUGCACAUCUGCCUCGGUGCUGGUGAAUUUGUGGGCCUGGAGGAUGAGCCUGAGGAAGAUGUGUGUGGAGGAGGUCAGUGGUGCUCUGUCCUGGAGGAGGUACCAGCAGACCACCACUGCUGUUAACAGGCAAGUCAUUCACAGAAAUUUAACAGCCGUCGUCUGAGCCAGCCCAGCAGGCCCUGUAGAUGGACGAUGGAGUGGACAGUGAGAGGAAGCGUCCCAAAGCUCUCUCUGCAGACCGUCCUGUAUGAUGUUCCUCUGGCCAGAAAUGUCCAGCCACGGGUCUGCUCCAGCCCUCCAUCCACGUCUGGAUCCUCCUGCAGCAGAUCCAGGUGCACUGUUUAAGACUUCCUGCUCACUCAGUUUAAAUAAAUGAUCCAGGAAGAGUCACUCAAGUUAAUCCUGCUUUAACCGUACAUAACUGGUCCAUACUGGUUUUGAUCUGUAAAUAAGUGUAACGUAUUAUAAAUAAUCUUGUCUCCUUACCAUCUUUUCAUUUUCUGUUCAUGUAACAUGUUCAAAAACGUCUGUAAUAAUAAAACUGGUGAUAAAAUCAAUGACCAGAAAGAGUUAUCAGUUAGUAUUUGUUUUAAUAAAUGUGUUCAAAUAUCAAACAGCUAAAUAACAUUAUCAUGAUGACAGUAGAAGGCCUCUCUCCCAAGAUGACCAACAGGUUAAGCCUCUCCUGACCCUGGACACCUGCAGCCCUAACAGAGAAAAUCAGAGACCACAGGUGACAAAAAGGCAAUAAACACAUUUUUACAUUUAUCCACAUGAGAAGAUAAAAUGUAUAUUCUUCACACGAACACUUUUUACUUCAUUAAAACAUGUCAGCUGUGUAAAUCCCUGAAUGAAAAACUACUUUUCACAGAAGAACUUCUGUGGCUGUGUGUGUAAACAGCUUCACUCUUCAACUUUAAGCUUAAUAAAAACGCUUCUUUGCUCCGUUGUCCUUAAAACAAAUGACAAGUUUAAUUCGCCACACACACACACAUAUACACACACACACACACACAGGAAUAACUGGGACCUGCGAAACAAACACGUUCUGACAGAUUUCUGCCUAAAAUAUAAUUUUAAAAACAAAUAUACAACGAAAAAUGUAUAUAAACUGAACCGCUUUAAGCUUUUUAGGUUUCUAAGGCUAGUUUUUAACAAACUUACGUUUAAAACUUCGUAGCUCUCCACGUUUUCUCUUCCUGUUGAAAAUCCACAGCCGGAGCGAGGACGCGAGAAUGAGUAUUCUUGGAAUUCGGACAGUACUCGUCGCUGCGCUGUGAUGUCAUCGACUUCAAAAUGCACUCUUACAAGCUUCCUUCCUGUGGAUUCGCAACGUGUGGAUCACUGGUAAUGUUCAUGUUUGUAAAAAUGCGUUACGCAGAACAACUUCCGGUUCAAAAGGCUAACGGAUCCAUCAUCCAAUCAGUGAUGCCUGUUGUUGCAGCAUUGGUACCUACCUCUUCCGGUUUGUUUUUUGUUUUUGCGCUUUUCAAUUUGUUGCGCGUUUUGUGAUUUGUUUUUGUGUUUAGUGAAAUAGUUGUUGUGCUUUUCAAUUUGUUGCGCGUUUUGUGAUUAGUUUUUGUGUUUAGUGAAUUUGUUGUUGCGCUUUUCAAUUUGUUGCGCGUUUUGAGAUUUGAUUUUGUGUUUAGUGAAUUUGUUGUUGCGCUUUUCAAUUUGUUGUGCGUUUUGUGAUUUGUUUUUGUGUUUAGUGAAUUUGUUGUUGCACUUUUCAAUUUUUUGCGCGUUUAGUGAUUUGUUUUUGCGCUUAGUGAUUUUUUGUUGCAUUUAGUGAAUUUGUUUUUGCGCUUUUCAAAUAGUUGUGCUUUAAGUGAUUUGUUUUUGUGUUUAGUGAAUUUGUUGUUGUGCUUUUCAAUUUGUUGCGCGUUUAGUGAUUUGUUUUUGUGUUUAGUGAAUUUGUUGUUGCGCUUUUCAAUUUGUUGCGCGUUUUGAGAUUUGUUUUUGUGUUUAGUGAAUUUGUUGUUGCGCUUUUCAAUUUGUUGCGCGUUUUGUGAUUUGUUUUUGUGUUUAGUGAAUUUGUUGUUGCGCUUUUCAAUUUGUUGCGCGUUUAGUGGUUUGUUUUUGCGCUUAGUGAUUUUUUGUUGCAUUUAGUGAAUUUGUUUUUGCGCUUUUCAAUUUGUUGUGCAUUUUGUCAUUUGUUUUUGCAUGAAGUGAUUAGUUGUUGCGUGUUUCAAUUUGUUGUUGCAUUAAGUGAUUUGUUUUUGUGGUUUGCACUUCAGGGCCACCGUACUCUUGAGCUUUUUGAACGUAGAAAACCUGACACCCCCCCCCCCUGCCAGCUGAGAAGGAAAUUUGUUUCAGUAUAACCUUCCUUCCAGCAUGAUUGAGAGAUUAGACUGUUUUAUGAGAAUUUGAUAAUAAAAUUCUUACAUAUUGCUCCUUUAAUUUAGACUUGUGUCCACAAGUGAAGCAGCCCCCUCACGAACUCCAUCACACAAAGUAACAUUUCACUUAUAUUUAUUAUUAUAUUUAUUUCAAAUAAACAUAUAUCACUGGAUAAAGCACCUUUUACAGGAGUGCCUCUGAGAAAAUCCAGUUUGGUCGCCGUAAGACAUGCACUUUGAUUCUCAUUUUUCUUUAUUUAAAUCAAAAGGAAACAUGUGAUGAUGUAUUUCAAAAAUCAGCUAGCUUGAUUUUUUUGUGAAGUUUUUUUAAUUUUUUUUUUCAAAGACACUUACACACAAGCAAGUAAUUACACAACUGCUUCCCAGCUUUAUGGUAGCUACUGAGGUGCUUAAUAUCCCAAAAAUUGACAGAUCUGGAAAAACAAUAAAGUCACAACUAAAAUCAUAAUAUCCAAAAUGGGACACCAGCAACAAUUUUUGGUAAACACAACAAUCAAAUAGAAGAUAAACAUCAAAUAUUUUGGUAAAUAAUAAUAAAAAAGAAAAAUCUGAAUAAAAAAAAUCAUAUAAUGCAUAGAAGAAAACAAUGGUUACAUAUUGUAACCCAAGAUUCUACGAGUAUAGGCAUAGCCCUUUAAGGCCAAACUUUUAAUGUAUGCCCACCUACCAACCAAGCCCAGCUCUGGUAUAGAAGGAGGAGUACAGGACCAGCAAACUGCUUCCAGGGCUAUUAGGUCAAACAUAACCAAUCCUCCGAUUACUGGACAACGGUAUACCUCCUGAGUUACUACUACACAAUAGGCCUCGAGUCCCCCAUGUAAUAGCCCAUCAGGGACAUAAGUGUCCUAAUACGGUAAUGGGAGCCCAAGAACACAUGCAAAAGCACUCGCAGUGGGAGAGAAAAGCCCUGUCGCCAUGCAGCGCCGCUGUAAAUCAGCCCAUCAGAAAUCCAAGGAUGGAGAGGUAGUUGGAGGCUUCAGAAAUGUCCUGCGAAUAAAAGUGGAGAAACAAGCAUGGCGAGGACCAGGAUGCAGCCAUGGGUUAGGGUUAGGGAAUGUUAGGGUUGACAUUCCACUGUGUAACAACAUGGAGGAUGAGAUUCUUCUGGUGGAGUAAACUUUUCCCCGGUGUGGAUUGAUGCACUGUGAAGAACCUGAGUAAGCCAUCCCGUUUCCCAUUCUGCACCAUUGAUGCCUCCAGUGCUGAUUCGUGGGAAGAGCCGAGGUACAAGAAUUCCGGUUGGUUAAUUCAUUCAAAUUUUAGCAUUUAUGUUAAUGAGCAAACACGAAAGGUGGAUGUCACUGUUGAACUUUUAGUGAAGUGGUUGCUUGAAGAGAAAAUGGGAACAGUUUAUUGGUCUUGUAAACCUUUUAUACCGGACUGGGGCCUGCCCAGUAGCAUCUUUUGUGUUCAUUCUGUGUAUUUUGUCAACUUGCAUUGAUUGGUUCUUUAAAAAAACCAACAAGGUAAAGAAAACUCUUUUUUCUGUGUUUUAAAAGAACCAAGCAAUGCAAGUAUACUAAAAGUUAUUCGGUGACUGGUUAAUUCAGAGAAUAUAACACCUUAAAGGGCAAAGCCAAUACGAAAUAAAAAUUACUUUUUCAGACAAAGUCAUCAUAACACAACAAUUUAACGUGCUCCCACAUAGAAACACUUUACGUUGAGAUCUUAAAUUUGUAUUUAUUGUUGUAAGGAAAACAAACGGAAUGUUUUCUGUGUUGCUGAUGAUAAUUUUUAGGUUUUUUUUAGCGUUGUUAUGAUUUGCACCUCAGAAUCUACCUCAGCACAAAUUUAACCAAAGGUUUUCCCCUCCGGUUUGUCUCCUUGUUUUGUGUUUUUGUCGCUGUGUUUGGCAGCUUAUCAUAAAUUCUUCUAAUUCAGAUUUGAACACACUAAAUAAUUUAAAACUGACAUUUUUUUAAGAGAGAACACAACUACAAAGCCGUACUUUAUUUCACCGUUUGUUUAUUAUGUUGUGACACAAAGAAGCCAUUUUGUUUUUGAUUGAUCAGAUUUUUUUAAGUCAGCUGCUGUGUAAAAAUGUCUUAAACAUGUGGGAAAACCUUCAUGACACUUUCAUGACAGGUUUGAAGAUCAUCUUAUGUUAAAGUCAGAAUUCAUGUGUUUUUCCUCACAUUUACUGAAAGGAUCCACUUUUGAUCCAUCAUCAGCCGUUCAGUGUGGAACAUUUAAGCAUUUAUUUCUUUCUCAUGUUCAUAUUUGCACUUUUUUCAUCUCACUGAAGACAAAAAUUAAAAGUCUGUGGAAAUGAAGCCAAUUUUUUUUGUUUUUAAUUUGGCACUAAAAACUUAGCUUUUUGACACUGUUUUCUACGUUUGAAUGUUCUCGACAUCGACAGUGCUGUGUAAAUGUGUAAUAUAAAGUAGUUAUCGUGUGUUUUCCUGAGAAAUACUAUGUCUCCCUGUUUAAGAAGCCAAGUAGAGAAGUGCCACAGAAACCUUAAAACUGUUGGACUGUGUUAUCGUGUUGCUGUUCUGAGUGUUGGUUUGUAUUUAAUGGCUGUUAUCAACACUGUGAAACAUCAGAUUUUUACAAUUUCGUUAAAAUUUUUAGCUUUCUUUUUUAUUUCUGAUAAAUAAAAAAGCACUGAGGCUGAAAA